ACCGGAAGAAGAAGAAGAGCGGAAAGCUCAUCCUGUUCCCAGUUUCUGCCUCUUCAAAAGUGUAAUAUUAAUAAUAUAAACAUAUAUUAACUCUAAUCGCUAUGACCUGAUGUUACGAACAACAUGGCUACUCUUGCUGUUAGCAUGUUCCGGAGGCUAGAGGGCCUGUUCUGUGUGGUCAAACCCUCCGGUGUCCACUGGAAACUCGUGCGGGACAACGUCGAGAAAAAUCUUCUUAAAGGUUUAAACGCUGCACCGCCGCAGUCUUGUCCUCAGCAGAUCCGCUUCUUGAGGGACCCGGGCGCUGACACUGAGACGACAAAGAGUCUCACGCUGUCUGUGGCCUCUGUGCCUGUCCUGUCCAAACACCCCCUGGUAACUGGUCCUGAAUUCCAGCGUAUUCAAGUUGGAGUGGGACAUCGUCUGGACGUGUCCUCCUCUGGAGUUUUAGUUCUUGCAGUUGGGAGGGGAAACAGGGUCUUGAAUGAUCUCUACGAAACACGAGUCACAAGGGAUUACACUUUGGAGUGUGAGUUUGGGAGCGCAACAGAUGAUUUUUCUGACACAGGUCGUGUUGUGGAAAGGUCCACCUAUGAUCACAUCACACUGGACAAGUUGAACAAAGUCCUGGCAAUGCUGCAGGGAGCUCAUCAGAAGGCUUUGUUAACGUAUUCCAAUGUAGACUUGCGCUCCCAGGAAGCCUACGAGUUGGCUGUGCAAGGUUUACUGGGUCCAGAGGGGAAGUCUGUGCCUAUUUUGACCGGCUUACGUUGUGUUCACUUCCAGCCCCCCAACUUUACGUUAGAGGUGCAGUGUCUAAAUGAAACCCAGAAGUAUUUACGCAAAGUCGUACACGAGACGGGACUGGAGCUGCGCAGCACAGCGGUGUGUAAAGGAGUGAGACGCACCAGAGACGGACUGUUCACGCUGCAGCAAGCUCUGACGCGUCACCACUGGACCGCUCCGCAUGUCACGCGUGCCGUCCAGCAGUAUUACUCCUCUAAGAAAAAUAAGAAAACAAGAGCGGUCGCCGAUCGAGGCGACAGGAUUACAACCACGGGAGGAGAAUGUGACGAGCAGCCAUCAAAUUUAAACCAAUGAGCAGGAAGAUGAGCUGUUGCUGCUCUACAGUGACUGUGUGAGCCUGGACACUUCACUCUGAGUUUAUCUCAGCUGGAACAAAGACAAGAUAAGAUAAGUGGACAAAUCAUCAUUGUUCUUUGUUGUAUCGAUGAGCUCAUGGUUUCACUGGGUAACAUUGUUUUAUGUUGUAAGCGUAAUUAUGAAAGAGGUUUAUUAUUAUUUUUCUAUCUUGAAAUAAACUAAAAAAAGC